UGGAAUAAAACUCAGGCUGGUAAGGGAGAUGGCAACGUCGACGGCGAUGGCGGAGGAUACGAGCUUGGAGGAAGACCAACUAGCUUCCAUGACUCCUGAUGACAUCCCUAGAGCUUCUCGUCUCUUAGCCAACGAGAUUCGCAUCCUCAAGGAAGAAUUGCAGAGGGCAAACCUUGAUUUGGAAUCAGUGAAGGAGAAAAUAAAGGAGAACCAGGAGAAGAUUAAGCUAAACAAACAGCUUCCUUACUUAGUCGGCAAUAUCGUUGAGAUUCUUGAGAUGAGUCCAGAGGAUGAUGCAGAGGAAGAUGGAGCGAAUAUCGAUCUGGACUCUCAGAGGAAGGGAAAAUGCGUCGUUCUAAAAACAUCAACUCGCCAGACCAUCUUUCUCCCCGUUGUUGGACUUGUUGAUCCGGAUACAUUGAAGCCUGGGGACUUAGUUGGAGUUAACAAAGAUAGCUACUUGAUUCUGGAUACUUUGCCGUCUGAAUAUGAUUCAAGAGUAAAAGCAAUGGAGGUUGACGAAAAACCUACUGAAGACUACAAUGAUAUAGGGGGGCUAGAGAAGCAGGCUAUUCGAAAAGUUGGUCCUCCUGGAACCGGAAAGACGUUGAUGGCCCGAGCUUGUGCAGCACAGACAAAUGCAACUUUCCUGAAACUAGCAGGGCCACAACUUGUUCAGAUGUUCAUUGGAGAUGGAGCAAAACUUGUCCGUGAUGCUUUCCUGCUUGCAAAAGAGAAAUCCCCUUGUAUUAUAUUCAUAGACGAGAUUGACGCAAUAGGGACAAAGCGUUUUGAUAGCGAAGUUAGUGGAGACCGUGAGGUGCAAAGGACAAUGUUGGAGCUGCUCAACCAGCUGGAUGGAUUCAGCAGCGAUGAUCGCAUCAAGGUUAUUGCAGCGACAAAUCGUGCUGAUAUACUAGAUCCUGCCCUUAUGCGUUCUGGUCGUUUGGAUCGUAAAAUCGAGUUUCCGCACCCCACUGAAGAAGCUAGAGGCAGGAUCUUACAGAUACAUUCAAGGAAAAUGAAUGUGAAUGCAGACGUCAAUUUUGAAGAGCUUGCUCGAUCAACGGAUGAUUUCAAUGGAGCUCAACUCAAAGCAGUGUGUGUUGAAGCGGGUAUGCUUGCCCUGCGCCGGGAUGCAACUGAGGUGAACCAUGAGGAUUUCAAUGAAGGUAUAAUUCAAGUACAAGCCAAGAAGAAAGCAAGCUUAAAUUACUACGCCUAAGUCCUCUUUUAUGUACACUCCUUUCUCCUAUUUACAUUAUAGAAAAGUUCAAGUUGUAGUCUCAGCUUUUGAAUCUGGAACCCCUUCAAAGUGUGGUUAUAAAAAUAUCAUUUUGAC